GGAAGAUAUGAUCGAUGAUGCCAGGCCAGCCGGGGUCACUUCUUUUCUUCUCCGUCACUUAUGACCUCGUGCUGAAUGCGAAUUUCAUUUGGUCAACAACCAAGAGAACUCACAAAGUUUUGUUUCGAACCAGUUUACGCGGGUUCUAAAAAUACACUCGUCACGUGUACAUACAAAAGGAAACACAGUAUAAAGCUGUCGAGUCGACGAAAUUUCCUUCAUUGAAACACACCACCGAAGAAUUUUGUUAGAACAGAAAGCACCAUGACACAUUGUAUGAUUUGCUUUGCAGAAACGCCUGACAGAAUCUCGCGGACAUUAUGUUGCUCGGGAGUUAUAUGUUUGUCUUGUUUGGAGGCACACAUUGUGUCGAAGAUAAACGAAGCUAUCGUGGCCAUAAUAUGUCCUCUGGGCAAUUGUGACAGUUUAGUAAGCGAGGAGGAGAUAAGACAGCUUGUUCCUGAUGAAGUGUUCGAAAAAUACGAACGUUUCAAAGUGGAGGUAGAACAAAACCCAGGGAUCAAGAUAUGCCCAGGAUGUUCGCGUAUUUAUCAACACCCAGACUUGGAGAAAGUGGAACGCGAAAAAGUCUCCCGUCCGGAAGUUAUGAAAGUAACAUGUUCAAAAUGUCGCCUGGUUUGGUGUUUUGCUUGCCAAGCUCCCUGGCAUCACGGCUUGACGUGUAAUGAAUUCUGUAAAGGGGAUAAAUCUUUGAAAAUAUGGGCAAAAAAUCGGGGACAGCCUGCUCGAAACGCCUGUCGUUGUCCGAAAUGUCAUGUCUUCAUUCAGAAGUCCAGCGGCUGCGACCACAUGUGCUGUAGCAGAUGUAACACUGAAUUCUGUUACCGUUGUGGCGGGAAGUACCAUGAUCUUAAAUUCUUAGGCAACCACUAUGAUCGUUUCAGUAUCCUGGGCUGCAAAUACAACUACAAGCCAAAUCAACCUGCACAGAGGAUAGCAGUGCGUGGAGCGCUCUUCAGUGGUAAAGUUGUAUUGGCACCUGUAGUUGCAAGUUUGGCUGUCAGUGCUGGUUGUGUUGUACUUGGUGCAGGGUUGGUUGCUGCACCGUUUUAUGCCCCAUAUGUGCUGAUAAAGAGACAAAGAGCAAAACACAAGCAGAAAAAAUUGAGAAACAGAAAAACAGUGGAAAAUUCUAGUCUUUAGGCCUAAUGAGUUUUACAUGCAUUACCAGGAGACUUGGGUUUGGUUUUUAUUUUAUCAAACUAGUACACAUUUGGACCUUGUUUCAUGCCACUUUUCAAAUGGAAAUCAAAAAGGAAGGUCAGAGUGAUAAUUAUCUGUCCUUUUAAGGCCAACUAUAAUGUAAGGCCAGACCACGGGGGAACAGCUGCACGACUAAUUUUUUAAAAUCAGUGGGUUGCUUCUGCUUUUGAGAACCAAUGUAAAGCAUGGUGAUAUUGGGCUUCCAAUCAUCCAGUUACCAUGAUCUGCUUCUGUCACAAGAUAAAUCAUGCCUUACCUUGGAGACAUACAUAACAAAGAAAAAUGCUGUCAUGUCUUUAGAGCUUUUAAAAUCAUUCUGCAUGUCUUAGGGACAGUUAAUCAUGUCAAAUGAGACAGCUGCAUCUGAUUUUUCUUUUUAAGCAAGUAGUGCAAGCAAUGAAAGUUGGCAACACUCAGUUAAAAUCUUUGACAACUUGAGUAUUCCCCACCCCCUUUUUUUGAGACCUUCUUCCCCAUAUACUUCUGGGAUCUUCCUCUUCUUAUCCCUAGGAAAUUUUACACUUACCCUAGGGGUUCAUGUUCCCUUCACUGGCUACAAUGAAAGUUCUCAAGUUUAAAAGCUGUCAUUGCACAAUGUAUUAUAGUUCAGAUUUUUCUUUCUGUUGUUCAAACUCAUUUGAAAAUAAUUUUUUUAAAUCAGUAUUGCUUUUCAAUUGUAAUAUCAGAGUGUUCUUAAAUAUGGCCAAAAUAUUCAGAAAUAAUAAGACACUACCAUAAGAACUUUUUCACCUUGUUGGAGGUAAUUGGGCAAUGUAAGUUGAUGUUUGGUUAAGGGCUUGUGGUGGCCAAAUUGUGGCAAAAUUCACAAAUGAAAAAUUGACAGGGCAACUGUAUUGAUGAGAAGCCUUGUUAAGUUAGAUAUCUAAUUGUUGUUUUUGACACAAAUUUUCAUUCUUGAACUUUUGCUCCAAUUUGGCUACCAUACUUGUGAAAAAUAGUAGAAUCUUAUUAAGCAUUUUUUUUUUCACUCUGUCUGAUUGCCAAUUUUAAAAUGUAAUAAGGUGAAAACUUAUAGGUCAGUGAACAUCUGCCAAAAACCAAAUUCAGCAUGAGUGUGUAAAAUGUCAGGAAAGUGUUGAGCAUGAAAAUCUUGUUACUGAGACAAAAUUAUCACUCUAUUUUUUCCCUGCCUGUGUUACAGUUCAAAGACUUCAGUAAAAUCAAUUGUAACUGGAAGAUAUAACCAUGGUUGCAGCCAAUUUAAUUAUUUGGAAAUUUUUAUACAACUGUUAUCAUAAUUUUAACCCUUGGUCACUAAAAUUGUCAUAAAUUGUAGAGAAAAUAGUUGGGUUAAGGGAAAAAAACUGAAAAGUAUGUUGGAAUGAAUACAUCUUCAAACUAUAUAGUUAAAUAUUUUGGGCUAACUUGAGGUCUUCAUUUGGUGAAUGGUGGUAUGAAAAAAGCAGAUGAAUUUAGAAAGGAAAAGGGAAGGAUUACUUUUUUCUCCUUUGUAAAUGGUGAUUAUUUAAGCUGUAUUUAAUUGAAUUCUAAAAUUAAAAAGCUCACAUAGUAAGGCAUUAAAAUUUAUUGAUA